AUGUUUGUGACGGAGGUGAAAAACUUUCCUGUGCCUUUCGAGAGCUUGCAAAGCGACUGGCUUCGGAGUCAUUUACGCGGCGUAGACCCUAACUAUGCUAAGCAUACUGAAAACGGGCGAAGUGACGAAAUCGAUACCAGAGGACGGGUACUUAUCUAUCAUUUUCUCGCUUUUACCAACGUUCGAGAAUACGAACAUUGAAGACGAUGUCUUUUGAAACAUGAUUUUUUACUCCUAAAGCACUUCGUUCCACUCAUAGAUACUUAUUCGAUUUCCUCGAUGUUUCAUCCUAGAUGUACUUAUUGUAGUCUUUUAAACAGUUGUCUUGAAAAUUCAGUAGCGUCUCCAAAGCUAGAACUCGAACACGUCCCAUCAGCUUUCUGCUGCGAAAGGAAGCAGCGCGGCAGCUUCAAUGACAG